AUGACAAAGCUACCAUCAAAUGUUUUGAACAAAAUUGCUAGUUUCGCAACGGCUGAUGGCAUUGAGAGUUUGAAGAAGUACAUAAGAGCUUGCUCUGAACUGAAUAGUGCAGCGUUCUCUGUGGAGGCUCUGUUUCGUCUAAUUGUUGCAAAACACUCGUACGCUCUAUAUAUUGAAAAUGUUCGACUAGCCUUCAACGUUUCAGAGAUUGAUGUUGCACUUUACAUCCUAGAUGAUGUGAAAGAUGUAAUCCCGCACGCCAAAUUAAUGUACAUCAUGCUCUGUUUCUAUGCAGGAAGAGAAUGUUCUGACGUUUAUCUCGAGUUUCAGAGGAAAUUCAGACCGAAGCAGGCUGGUUUGAUGGAUGAUUCUCCAGAAUGUUGGGAGGAGCAUUACUGGUUAAAGGAGACAAACGGUGAGCGUUGCGCUAUGUGUCCUUACUUCUACUCGUCUAGGGACAUAUGCAUAAUAUCUUAG